GUCGUUGCGUUUGUGUGGUGAUUGGGCACGUAGGCACUGUGUCGUUGAUAUGUGCGUCAAGGCGUAUCUAAGGAUUACAAGGGAUUGUUUUCCCUGUAUUAUUUAGGUUUUUAAUCAAGUGGCUCAUUUUCUUUGGAGGAGAGUCGGGCCUGAGGCGCAGCUGGCAAGAUGCCGCCAUCUUCAGGGGAACUAUGGGGCUACAGCUUCAUGCCAGCCAACAGUACAGUGUACUGUCUCUUACCAACUGGCAUACUGGUACCCCUGGAGGCAAGGCGUGACAAGCCUCUGUACAAGCUGAAAGAUGACCUGUGGAAGCUGGCCAAGAACCAGCAGGAGUACCCAUUUGGUCACCUGCUGGGGGAGCCGGGCCAGUACAUCUUCCAGGGCGUGACGCAGGACGGCGUGCGCGAGGACUUCUACGACGAGACACGCCGCCUGUGUGACCUGCGCCUGCACGAGCCGUACCUGCAGGUGCGCGAGCCGCACGGCAACAAGGACGAGAAGAUGUUCAACCAGUACCUCAGUGCGUGCAUCGGCAUACAGGUGCGCGACCUGGACGAGAUGCGCGAGCCGGAAGUGGUCGAGUUCCGGCUGGGCAUGGUGCGGCUCUGCGAGCAGGCCAUCGCGCAACGCGAGCAGAGCGACGAGACGCGCCUGCAGUUCAUGCACCCGCCCGACCUCGACUCGACGCCAGAGUUGGCGCCCAACCUGCUCGACAAGCUCACCAAGAGCAGUAAGACGAACGCCAUCACUCUCGACGUGUUCGUGUCGGGGGUCGACAUCCAGACCACGCCGCUGACCGUCAGCGGCGACCUCUACCCGGAGGGCCUGGUGGAGGAGGUGUGGCGGCGCACCUACAACCAGACGUACCGUAUGACCGACUCUAAGAGCCUGCAGUCGGCGCGCGCACAGCGCGACAAGUACCUGCUCAAGGUCACUGGGAGGGAGCUCUACUUCACCGCCAUGAAACCGCUCUCGCAGUACCGGUACAUCCGGACGUGUAUCGCCAAGGACGAGACGCCGCAUCUGGCGAUGAUGUCGCGGCGCGCCAUCUGCAAGGCCAUCCCCACCAGCAACCACCUGGAGCCCAUGUACGCGCGGCGCGCCGCCGCCCAGGAGGCCACCGCCGCCGUGCGCGAGCCCAUCAACCUCUACAACAUCAGCGACCCCUUCCUCAUGACCGUGUGCGGCGUGCAGUACCUCAACGUGUCGGACGUGGACCGGUUUUACGUGAGCGUGGGCCUGUUUCUGGGCGCCACGGCGCUCUGCGACCUGGAGGAGACGCCGUGCGUCAGCGGCGACCGCGUGCCCCGCUGGAACACCACCAUCACGUUCGAGACGCUCGUGCAGGACCUGCCGCUGUCGUCGCGCCUCUGCAUGGGCGUGGUCGGCGUCUCCAAGCGGAAGAAGAAGGAGGAGCAAUUCACGCUCGGAUGGUGUAACCUGGCGCUGUUUGACUACCGGCGGCAGCUGCUGUCGGGCAAGAAAAAACUCCAGCUGUGGCCCGUGCCCAAGGGCCAGAACGAGAAGCUGUUUCCGCUGGAGGCCGUCGGCCCGAACCCCGUGCAGGACUCGAACGCCGCCUGGCUGGAGGUGGAGCUGCCCACUUACCCGAAGCCGGUGGAGUUCCCCGCCGACGAGUGCGUGCACGAGCUGGGCGCGCUGGCCGACGCGCCCUCGCCGGCCGAACAGAAGAUCACGGUGGAGGUGUCGCAGCGGAUCCGCGAGGUGGCCUGCCGGGACCCGCUCUCCGACAUCACGGUGCAGGACGCCGGCCUGCUCUGGACGUACCGGCGCUACUGCCGCGCCCACAUGCCGCACGCCGUGCCGAAGCUGCUCGACGCCGUCAAGUGGGACUCGCGCAAGGACGUGGCCCAGUUCUACCUGCUGCUGCGGGACUGGCCGUGCGUGGACGUGGAGGUGGCGCUGGAGCUCCUCGGCUGCAAGCACCGGGACCAGAAGGUGCGCGAGUUCGCCGUCCGCUGCCUCAACAAGGUGCUCACCGAUGACAAACUGUCUCAGUACCUGAUCCAGCUGGUGCACACGCUGCGACACGAGAUGCACCUGGACAACGCCCUGACGCGCUUCAUUCUGGAGCGGGCGCUGCGCAACAAGAACAUCGGCCACUUCCUGUUCUGGCACCUCAGGUCGGAGCGGCAGUCGGCCAGCUCCAAUCAGCGGUUUGAUCUGCUGCUGGAGGCUUACUGCCGCGGCCUGGGCCAGGAGCACAUCAAGGCGCUCAACAAGAAGGUCCAGUGCCUGGAGAAGAUCUCCAUUCUGACGCAGAGUCUCAAGGAUCGAAAGGACGAAGCGCCCAAGGAGCGGCAUAAGUACCUGUGCGAGCGGGUCAAGCAGAGCGACUACCUGGAGAGUCUGCAGAACAUUCCGUCUCCGCUGUCGCCUCAGGUGCUGCUCGGCGAGAUCCUGGUGGACGAGUCGCGGAUCAUGGACUCUGCGCGGCGGCCGCUCUGGCUCAUGUGGACGAACCCGGACGAGACGGUGCGCUACAUCGGGGACUCGCUGGAGCGCAACCGCGUCGAGAAGAACGCCAUCAUCUUCAAGAACGGAGACGACCUGCGCCAGGACAUGCUGACGCUGCAGGUGAUCAAGAUCAUGGACCACACCUGGGACCAGGAGGGGCUCGACCUGCGCAUGAUGCCUUACAGCUGCCUGGCCACGGGCAGCAUGAUGGGCAUGAUCGAGGUCGUACGCAAUGCCAAGACGGUGUACCGGAUACAGCGGGAGGCGAGCAAGCUGGCCGCCAUCCAGGUGGACUCGACGCAGCUGCACAAGUGGAUCCGCGACCGCAACCCGGGCCGGCUGUACGACGCCGCCGUCGACACGUUCACGCGCUCGUGCGCCGGCUACUGCGUGGCCACGUUCGUGCUGGGCAUCGGCGACCGCCACCCGGACAACAUCAUGGUCAACCACCAGGGCCAGAUCUUCCACAUCGACUUCGGCCACUUUCUGGGCCACUUCAAGAAGAAGUUCGGCAUCAGCCGCGAGCGCGUGCCGUUCGUGCUGACGGACGACUUCUUGCGUGUGAUCGCGCGCGGCGCCGACAACCCCAAGAAGAGCAAGGCCUUCCAGGAUUUCCAGAAGCUGUGUGGCAAGGCGUACCUGGCGCUCCGCAAGCACAGUCACCUCUUCAUCACGCUCUUUACCAUGAUGCUGUCCACGGGCAUCACCGAGCUACAGUGCGCCGACGACGUCAACUACCUCCGGAAGACGCUGCAGGUGGAGGUGGGCGAGGAGCAGGCGCUCGAGUACUUCCAGAACCAGUUCAGCGAGGCGUACGGCGGCGCGUGGACCACCAAGCUCGACUGGUUCUUCCACUCGGUGAAGCACAUGUAGCGCGUCGGCCGCGUGGACGGUGUGCCUUCCGGCGGCGCCCCGCUCUCCGGCCGGGAGCGUGCCGGCGUGCAUUUAGCAAUACGGCGUACGCGCUCGCGGCGGCGCGGCCGCCCUCGCCGCCGGCGCUAUUUAUUGGUAGCUGCGGCGGAUAGUCAUGGCAGCGUGCGAGUCGGGAGCGAGUGCGCGCGCGAGAGAGAACCCGAGAGAAGAGCGCGCGAGCGAGUCCGAGAGAAGCGCGUUCGACUGUUGGAGCAGGAGCGAGCGCGCGUGGCGGUCGUUUUAGGGCCGCGGUCGGGCGGUCUGCCGCGCGCCGGUCCGUGGGGACGGCGCGCCGGCCGGCUCGCCUUCGGCGGUCGUCUGUUUUACCGUGUA